AGAGAAAAGGAGAAAGAGAGAGACAGAUCAUAGCUAUAAAGGCUGAUGAGGGAGAAGCUCAGAUAUACUCACAGUUUGAAGAUGAUCCUGCUUGUGCUGCUCCUCACCAUCGCUGGAUGUGGCCAUGCUGUCAGCAUUUCAGGCCAAGAGAAAAACGAUGCAUGUGUGUGUGAUGUGAACAGCUCGAUCUGGGGUUUUCCUGCUGCCAAGUAUGACUCUGUGUUAUUACUGGUGCAAAACUGCCAUGACUCACUGCAGAGACUCCAAGCACAGACAGCCAUCAGUGCUAAAGCAUUGCCUAGGCUGAAUGCCAUAGUGAGCAGUGUGAGGAAGAGGCUGGAGAAGUUUCAGUACCUAAAGAAUCGGGACCUGUACAACGCGCUCUACCUGAAGAACCUCAGCAAGGAGAUCCAGAAGCUACAUGACAGCAUGAAUGAAGUACAAAUCGGAAGAGACGCACGGCGAGUACGCCAAGAGUUGGAGAAGUUUAAGGAUGAUGUGGAGGUGAUGUAUAAGAGAAAGAUCUUCAACCUUGAAACAGUCAGGGACAAGCUGCGCUACCUUAAUAACCGUGUCCAGAUCAGCAGAACCAUCCCACAAGACUUCAGGAGCUCUUGUUCUCAGCAUGUACUGAAAAAUAUCAGUGCGCCAGUGGUCACUAAGCUGAACCCGUACAGCACGUCGUACGUCUCUGGAGCAUGGGGUCAUGACACUGGCACAGAAAGUGACCUGACCUACUGGAUCCAGUCUCUAGCUAGUAGCAACAUGUUGGGUAUAACUGUACGCUUCUACAAGACUUAUGAAGACUUUAUGUCUGGAAAAAAUUACAAAGAUGAAACACUAGUUAGCUCAUACUCUAAUUCCUAUGCGAUCCAGGGUCCAGGCACUAUCGUUUACAAUGGUGUUGUGUAUUAUGAGUGCUAUUACAAGCCUGACCUUUGUGCGUAUGAAGUGAAAACAAAGCAAUUCCGACGUCUGACGCUUCCUGAUGCUGGAUUCAACAACAAAUUCCCCUACUGCUACUACAGCUGCUUAGAUUAUACAGACAUCAGUCUCUCAGCUGAUGACAAAGGCUUGUGGGCAAUUUAUGCUACAGAAGCUAACUACGGUAACAUAGUUGUGAGUCGAGUAGACCCUGAAGGCUUCAAUAUAACACACACGUGGAAAACACGCCUGUUCAAGCGCUCCGUGACCAACACCUUCAUAGUGUGUGGGGUGCUUUACGCAACUCGUUUCAUAAACACCUACAAAGAAGAAGUGUUCUACGCCUUUGACCUUACCACAGGGUUGGAGGACAACACACUUGCAAUCCCUAUGGAUAAGGUAGCAGCGGGUGUUGCUAGCCUUCACUACAACCCCAAAGAUAUGAUGCUCUACAUGUACAACGGUGGCUACAUGCUCUCCUACCAAGCUUACUUCUGAAACGCUAGAUUAGAAUACGGCAUAAUUUCACCAAAUAGCAAUAAUAAAAAAUAAUAAAAAUAAAAAGUGUUUAAAGUUGGGCUGGCAAAAGCAACGCACCCUGCUUACUUUACUGAUCAAACCUCAGUGAUUAUAGAAAAUCAUAAUGCAAAUCAUGUUGUUUUUGGUCUUAAUGCAGCAAAACUUCAAUCUCACCCAAUUUGAAUGUCUCUUUCACCUUUACAUUUUAACUGUAUUGUAAUCUAUAUACAGUAUUGCUAGAAAAUGCUAUUGUUGUAGCUAGUUGUUUAAGUAGGUUUUCUUAUAGUGGUGUACUAGCUAAACCUUAUGUAUGCUCAGAGUAUGCUUUGAAUAUAAUGCUUCAUUAAAGAGAGUUAAAUCUUU